AUUGCAAAAACCUCAGCAAGAACCCUAAAGCUAAAACCUUUUCGAUCAAAUCGAAAUAGAAAAAAUGGGGAAAGUUCCGCCGUCGUUUCGCUCUAUUCCGACGAACCAAUUGAUGAAGAAACCCACACCAUCUCCUCCAGCGCCGCCGCGUGAUUACCGCAACAGAACCGCCGUGAGAGAUUCAACUAGACUCCCCCAGAAUACUCAACCCCCUCCUCGCGAGCCUUUUAGGAACCCAUUCAAGUCACCAAGUCUAUCAGACGCCAAAAGCCUCUUCAAUUCAAUCGCCACCACUUCGAGAAUCCCACUCGAUCUCAAAUUCCACAACUCUGUUCUUCAAUCCUACGCAGCAAUCGCCGCCGUCGACGAUACGGUGAAACUGUUUCAGCACAUCUUGAAAUCUCAGCCUAAGUUCUCCCCUGGGCGUUCCACGUUUCUUAUCUUGCUCUCGCAUGCUUGCAGAGCUACUGAUUCAUCGAUUGCGGAUGUUCAUAGAGUUCUCAAUCUCAUGGUGAAUAGUGGUUGUGAGCCUGAUCAAGUAACAACUGAUGUCGUGGUUCGAUCUCUUUGCGAAACCGGUCGGAUUGAUGAAGCUAAGGAUUUGAUGAAGGAGCUGACUGAGAAACAUUCACCUCCGGAUACAUAUACUUAUAACUUCUUACUGAAGCAUUUGUGCAAAUGCAGAUCACUGCGUGUUGCUUAUGAGUUUGUUGAUGAGAUGAGGGAGACUUUUGGUGUGAAGCCUGACCUUGUCAGCUUCACUAUCAUGAUUGAUCAUGUUUGUAAUUCUAAGGAUUUGAGAGAGGCAAUGUUUUUAGUUGAUCAGUUAGGUAAUGCUGGGUUUAAGCCCGAUUGUUUCGUCUAUAACACGAUUAUGAAAGGUUAUUGCACACUGAGUAAAGGGAGUGAGGCGGUUGGUGUUUAUAAGAAAAUGAAGGAAGAAGGUGUUGAGCCGGAUCGUGUUACUUACAAUACUUUGAUAUUUGGAUUGUCGAAAUCUGGUAGAGUUGAGGAAGCUAGGAGGUACUUGAAAACUAUGGUGGAUGCGGGUUUUGAGCCAGACGCUGCCACUUACACAUCGCUGAUGAAUGGAAUGUGUAGAAAAGGCGAAUCUUUAGGUGCGUUGAGUUUGUUGGAAGAAAUGGAAGCAAAAGGAUGUGCUCCAAACGAUUGCACUUAUAAUACUUUGCUUCAUGGGUUGUGCAAGGCGAGGUUAAUGGAUAAAGGGAUGGAGUUAUAUGAGUUGAUGAAAUCAAACGGUGUAAAGCUUGAGAGUAAUGGUUAUGGUACGCUUGUGAGAUCUCUGGUUAAAACUGGCAAGGUGGCAGAGGCUUAUGAAGUGUUUGAUUAUGCAGUUGAUAGCAAGAGUUUGACAGAUGCUUCUGCCUACUCUACGCUUGAAACUACCUUGAAAUGGUUGAAAAAAGCGAAAGAACAAGGCUUAGUUGUCUAAGUGGUAUUCUCUAGCUGAGCUUUACCUUCUUCUUUUUGCAAGUCCUGUUAUUUUCGUCAAAAGGAAUGAAUUUGAUUCGUUAUAUCAAAAUGAAGACUUAAAUCCUUAAAAGGAACAAGUAUUGAUUUAUGACAAUAGGUGGUUAUCUAUGUCACAUGAGAUCUCCAAAGGGUUCCUUGAACACUCGAACCAUCAAUUCGAGGAUUUUUUCUUGCUAUGUUACUGUAAAACAGUCAUUUUCUGCUAUUCGAUUGGUAUCAGCUUCUUGUUUAGUGUCAUGUACUCUGUUCUUAAGAGCUAUUGUAAAUGCCAUAAUUUUUGUUAUUGAUCUUGCCUGGGGUUGUUGCUUGAGAGAUCAAGUAAAUCGUAUUUGCUUUGACAAUUACGCCAUCUGUUUGCGGUGACUGAGGCAGAGUAUCUGAAUAAAGAUUUUGUUUUUCUU